GGAGCCAUGGACGGCGUGUAGGCGCAGGGGUGCAGGCACCUUGGAGGAAGGGCCGUAGGAAGGAAUCGAGGCUGGACUAUUAAGGCGAUGGCCUCAGCCUCUCUUUUCUGCACAGGUCUCCUCCCGGCCGCCCGCGGCUAUGCCAUCCAGAGACCAGUCCGCCCCAGCCAAGAAGAUGACCCGCCCCCUUCCACGCUCCUCAAAGAUUACCAGGACGUCCCUGGAAUUGAGAAGGUUGAUGAUGUCGUGAAAAGACUCUUGUCUUUGGAAAUGGGGAAUCAGAAGGAGAAGCUAAAAAUCAAGAAAGAACAAUUGAUGAACAAGGUUGUGGCAAACCCUGAGGACACCAGAUCCCUGGAAGCUCGAAUUGUUGCCUUGACUGUCAAGAUCCGCAAUUAUGAAGAACACAUGCAGAAACAUCGAAAGGACAAAGCUCUCAAGCGCUAUCUGAUGAUGAGCAUUGACCAGAGGCAAAAGAUGCUCAAAAACCUCCGUAAGACCAACUACAGUGUCUUUGAGAAGACGUGCAAGGACCUGGGGAUUGAGUACAUCUUCCCCCCCAUGUACCACCGAAAAGCCCACCGCCGCUGGGUGACCAAGAAGGCCUUGUGCAUUCGGGUUUACCAGGAGGCUCAAAAGCUAAAGAAGCAAAAAAGGGCCUUAAAAGCAGCAGCAGCAGCCAAGAAACAACGCCUGAUGAAC